CACUCCAAUGCCCAUCUUCUCUUCCGUUUCCGGGUCCCUCGUCUGUCCGUCUGCGCGGCGCCGCCGCCGAAUCGCGCCGCCGAGCCGAACGCUCUCCCGUCCGGGAUUUCCAAAUUCCGUUCGCGCUCUCUCUCUCCCUAUCCGCGGCGCAGCCGCGCAGAUGGGGGGCUCCUCCUGGGCCCUGGCCGAGAAGACACAGGGGUUCGUUCCUCUUCUCGCUGCGCCGCUGCGCAUGCACCAGAAAUAAUAAUUUGUUCCGAGCAGUAGCCAUUAGAGUAGUUGUUUGUGCAAGGACCCAGUGUCCCAGUGUGAACCUGGCCAUGAACUCACUUGUCGCACUCAGAGGAGGUUUAGUGGCUUACUGGAUUGAGAUUUCAUACAUCCCUUUCCAAUCUACUAACGAUGAAGACGACGCGAAACCAAUGAGGACACCGGUGAGGCGAGUCUCGGGACAUCUAUGGUCUAGUGGGAAUGCGCCGCAAAGGAGUCGUCAAUUCGUCAUGCGUUGAUGCACAUGCCGUUGAAUAUAACUACAAUCUUCAAUCAUCGGGUAUGCAUUAGAAAUGUUUUGUUUUCAUUAAUCAUUAUCCAGCUUCAGCUAUCCCGUGAAGCUGUACACAUCCUUGCUAGUUGCUAUCACCAAUAAUUUUCGUCAUGUGAUUGUGAUCCAAUCUGUUGCGUUGACGCUUUGAUAUAAUGGCGUAUAUAGUACUAUGUGAUUGGCUGAGGUGUAUAAAAUAUUUAUUAGUUCAUCUAAUCUCAUAUUAAUUUUCUUGGGAAUGCAACCCUUUGCUUCCUUUAUUCCUCUGUUCCCUUCCAAGAUUGCUCUCUUGUUCAAUUUGUGUAUGAGUUUUACCUUUCUGGCUUGUCAUUAUAUGUCCCUCUUCCUUCUAACAUUGGGUGCGCAGCUCCUCAUAUCACAGAGUGAUCACUGUAAGUGUUGUUUUGCGUUCUAAGUUCUCAUUUCUUUAUACAUGUAUUUGGCAUGGUCACUCUCAAUUCUACUUAGUUCUUGUUUUUCUUGAUCUAGGGUCAUCCUAGUUGACUACAAACAUGGCAUAUGGUAAAGGAGAACAAAGAGUAGCUACGACUCAGGGAAAAUGUUGGGGUAUUUUCAUUUGCUGGCUUCUGGGAAAUGGGUGCCUCUUUGGGUUCAACAGCAUGCUUACAAUCGAAGAUUACUACACCUUUCUCUUUCCGAAUUACCAUCCAACAAGAGUUGUUACUCUCACCUAUCAGCCAUUCGUCCUCCGCACAACUGCCAUAUUCACGUAUCAUGAGGCAAAGGUCAACACUAGGUUGCGCAAUUUGGCGGGUUACACACUCUUCUUCUUGAGCUCAUUUGCAGCGAUCGUUUUGGAUGUUGCAACUUCAGGGAGAGGUGGAAUCACGCCAUUUGUUGGCGUGUGCAUCAUUGCUGCUGCCUUUGGUGUUGCCGAUGGUCAUGUUCAAGGUGGAAUGACAGGUGAUCUCUCCCUGAUGUGCCCAGAAUUUAUCCAGUCCUUCUUUGCUGGACUAGCUGCAUCAGGAAUGAUAACCUCUGCAUUGAGGCUUAUAACAAAGGCGGCUUUUGAGAAUUCCAGGGAUGGCCUUCGCAAAGGAGCUAUGUUGUUCUCCUCAAUAUCAUGCUUCUUUGAGCUACUAUGUGUUCUACUAUAUGCUUUCAUCUUCCCGAAGCUGCCAAUCGUGAAGUUUUAUCGUUCAAAAGCAGCUUCAGAGGGGUCUCUGACAGUCGCUGCUGAUCUUGCUGCUGGUGGCAUCCAAAAUCGCGCAAAUCCACUGUCUGAAGAAGACCCUUCCUGCGUUGAACGUUUGAGUACCAAGCAGUUGCUACUACAGAACACAGACUAUGCAUUGGAUUUGUUCUUGAUCUAUUUACUGACACUGUCCAUCUUUCCGGGUUUUUUAGCUGAAAACACUGGAUCACACAGCUUGGGCUCUUGGUAUGCACUUGUCUUGAUCGCGAGCUAUAACGUAUGGGAUCUGAUCGGAAGAUACAUACCUCUGAUUGAACAAGUCAAGCUAAGGUCCCGCAAGGUGAUACUGAUCGCCGUCGUCUCGCGGUUCUUGCUCAUUCCUGCAUUCUACUACACUGCAAAGUACAGUGACCAGGGCUGGAUGAUCAUGCUAACGUCGUUUCUCGGUUUGAGCAACGGAUAUCUCACCGUCUGCAUCCUCACCGAAGCACCCAAAGGGUACAAGGGACCAGAACAAAAUGCUUUGGGCAACUUGCUUGUGCUUUCCCUGUUGGGAGGCAUAUUUUGCGGGGCCAUUCUUGAUUGGCUCUGGUUGAUAGGUAAAGGGUGGUGACCAUUGAUCGACUUGUGUAACAUAUUCUUCAAUGUUUUGUGCGAGUGUAUGGGACCCUGGAUGCAAUUAAGCUCCAGUCACAGCUUGAACAGUCUCUUCUGCUGAAAAUUAAACCUGCAAAUGUAUCGAAAUGGUGAGGAGGAAAGCGAGGAAGAACAUAUGUAAAGGCAUAUUUUUGAGAUGUAAAAUAUUAUGUCUUGCAUAGUUGCAUUACAUGUCUUUUUCCCAUUUUCUAUUAACAGAGUUUCAGAUGCUUGAUA